AUGACGGCUCCUGUCUUUGUCUUAGUUUUAUUGUUUUUGGGAACUGUGAACUCACAGAACCCGCCUUCUUCGCUCGGCUAUCGCCAGAGCUAUCCAAGUGGUGGCGAAAACAAAGUUUGCGGACAGAUUCGAGAUGUGAUCCCACGAAAUUCGGAUCGUUUUCGCCAAAGUUUGAUCAGAAAUACGAACAAUGAAGCACAGUAUGCAACUGAUGACUGUAAACGCAAGACAGUGCGCGCUAAAAGUAAACUCGAUAUUCUGGCGUCGCGAGUACUCACUGAAUGGCGCGGAAAAGCGGUGAGGGUUCUUCAAGCCUGGACCGACCAGGUUAACACAAAUGAUCCGCUGUCCUUACAUUACGAAGGUAUGUUGAACUGUUAG